AUGGCAUCCACAACCAAACUUACCCCAUCCAAGGAUCUCCAAACCCUCACCCACCAAAUCCCCGCCCACAACCUCAUCCCCAACACUUCGAUCCAGCACAAACCCCUCCUGAUCUACCGCCACGCUUUCCCCUCCGCAAGCGCCUCCGACUUGGAAACGCACCUUUCUUCCGUGGGUGUGGUGACGCCCCAAUGGCGCUACACCAUGUACUCCACCUCGCACUUCCACUCAACCAGCCAUGAAGUGCUGGCGAUCGCUCACGGGAAGGCGAGAUUGUGCUUCGGGCAUGAAGACAACCCUGAGCGAGUGGAGGAGGUGGUGGGGAGGGGGGAUGUGAUUGUCAUGCCGGCGGGGGUCGCGCAUAGGUUGCUUGAGGAUUUGGAGGGCGGGUUUGAGAUGGUCGGAUGCUAUCCGAAAGGCUGCAAUUGGGAUAUGUGCUAUGGGAAGCCGGGCGAGGAGGGCAAGGUGGCGAAGAUCAAGAACUUGCCGUGGUUCACUAGAGAUCCGGUGUAUGGAGACGAAGGACCUGUGUUGAACGUUUAG